AUGCGGGCGCUGUAUCUCGGCCGGUGGCUCCGCACGGCGCCCGGCGCGGCCCGGUCCCGACGGCUGCCGCUGCCUCCUGCCCGGGCCGUGCUGACGGCGCCCGGCGCGUCCCCCGCGCCGGUCCCCCCGCGCCCGGCGUGGCGGCACGGGGAGCAGCGGCCGCCCCCGCAGCACAAGGUGACAGUGGAAGUGCUGGAUCACUUGGAACGCCUGGCCUUGGUUGAUUUCCGCGAUGCAGAGGGCGUCGAGCGGCUGCAGAAAGCAAUCCAGUUUGCCGAUCAGCUUCAUGAAGUGAACACCGAUGGCGUAGAACCGAUGGAUUCGGUCCUGGAGGACAGGUGUCUGUAUCUCAGAGAAGAUGAUGUUACAGAAGGCAACUGCACGAACGAGCUGCUCAAAAAUGCCAGAGAGAAAGUAGAGGAAUAUUUUGUAGCCCCACCAGGUAACAUCCCUUUACCAAAGCUAGAAGAACGAGAUACUUUUCUGCAGGGCCCUUAACAAAAACCCGCAACCCAAACGCCGUUUCGGUAUUUUAUUUGGGAAAACUAAGGUUUGUGCAGUCACAGCUGAAAUACCCUGGCAUGCAUUUUGAUCAAAAGAAGAGCACUUGCAAGAUAAUUUACAGAAGGAGGAAGGCGUAAAAAGUUUAGUGGUGCUACUGAAAUACGGAAUGUUUAUGAAGCUGGAAGGCAGCAUGACAGAUGACCUUUACUUAGCAAAGUGAAUUUGAUGUUAUUCUUUAAGAUACUGAGUGGCUUAAAGGCUUUAAAGAGAACAUUAAAAGGUGAUGACUAAAAAACCCAGAACAGUAUAUUUUUCCUCAACAAGUUUGUCAGGAAAACAAGAGACGUUGGAAGGCUGUAUUUGCCUAUUUCUCACCUUUAGCUCGACUCUGGCUCUGACCCUGUCAGAAAUUACAAAGUCUGGUAUGGAGGAGUCCGUAACAUUGCUGAGUAUCUCUGUGAUGCACGGACAGAACACAGAUUUUCAUUACAGAAGAAAAGGCACUUUGAGAAGAUGAUUCACUGAAAUAUUUUGCCUCUGUUGAAUAUUUCCAUUUUAUCUCAGUGCUCCAUGCCUGUAUGGGUUACCUUCUAUUUCCCACUUUGUAUUUUUAUUCUCACAAAUUAAAUACUAGGAGUUGUACAUAAUUUGAGAAAGAACUUUUCAUACACAGAAAUAGCUACUCUAAAAUUAAAAAUCUUUGCCAUAAAUAUUUCUGUAUAUUCUCUCGUGAUACUAGCUAUAUUUCCUGGAUUAAACCAUUUUUCUGUUUCAAACAAAGCACUGCAUUUGUUUGUGUUA